GGUCACAGUCAUCCUGCAGGCAGCUCGCUUUCUCCACCUCCCUCUCUUCCUCUGCAGCAUCAUCAUUCAGCCUUCUCAUCACUGUCUCGUUUCCUUCCCAUUUGUGUGAGUUUCAUGCAGAUUUUUUCCCGUCUUGUAGUGAGAUUUGUUGGAUUUUAGCAGGAGUAAGGGGCAGAAUUUUCUCACCUUUUCUUCAGUCUGCAGAUGAGGCCUCCACCAGUGAGACAAAGGUUUCCCUGAGUUCCAGAGAACAUGUCAACUAUGAUGUAUCCGCGGGAGGAGAAGCUGGAAAAGCUUUCCCAAGAGGAGAUCAUCUCCAACACCAAGCUGGUGAUCCAAGGCCUUGAGGCCCUGAAGAACGAGCACAACUCCAUCCUCCACAGCCUGCUGGAGACCAUCAAGUGCCUAAAGAAGGAUGAAGAGGCCAACUUAGUCCAUGAGAAGUCCAACUUGCUCCGCAAGUCGGUGGAGAUGAUCGAGCUGGGACUGGGAGAAGCCCAGGUCAUGAUGGCUCUGUCCAAUCACCUGAAUGCGGUGGAGUCGGAGAAGCAGAAGCUGCGUGCGCAGGUCAGGAGGCUUUGCCAGGAGAACCAGUGGCUGCGGGACGAGCUGGCCAAUACCCAGCAGAAGCUGCAGAAGAGCGAGCAGAGCGUGGCCCAGCUGGAGGAGGAGAAGAAGCACCUAGAGUUUAUGAACCAGCUCAAAAAGUAUGAUGAAGACGUCUCACCCACUCAGGAGGAGAAAGACAGAGAAACGCCAAAGGACAACCUGGAUGACCUCUUUCCUAAUGAUGAAGAGGAGCAAGGUCAAGGAAUGCAGCACCAACACAACAGCGCCGCUGUGGCUGCGGCCCAGCAGGGCGGCUAUGAGAUCCCGGCCCGCCUGAGGACCCUGCACAACUUGGUGAUUCAGUACGCCUCUCAGGGCCGCUACGAGGUGGCCGUGCCCCUCUGCAAGCAGGCUCUGGAGGACCUGGAGAAAACCUCUGGACAUGACCACCCCGAUGUCGCCACCAUGCUCAACAUCCUGGCUUUGGUCUACAGGGAUCAAAACAAAUACAAAGAGGCAGCCCAUCUGCUCAAUGAUGCCCUAUCCAUCCGUGAGAAAACCCUGGGCAAAGACCACCCGGCCGUUGCUGCAACUCUGAACAACUUGGCCGUGUUGUACGGAAAGAGAGGGAAGUACAAGGAAGCCGAGCCUCUCUGUAAGAGAGCCUUGGAGAUCAGAGAAAAGGUUCUGGGGAAGGACCACCCAGAUGUGGCCAAGCAACUGAACAACCUGGCCCUGCUGUGCCAGAACCAGGGCAAAUAUGAGGAGGUGGAGUAUUACUACUGCCGCGCCCUGGAGAUCUAUGAGUGUCGGCUGGGUCCAGACGAUCCCAACGUGGCCAAAACCAAGAACAACCUGGCUUCCUGCUUCCUCAAACAGGGGAAAUACAAAGAGGCUGAGAUUCUGUACAAAGAGAUUCUGACCCGUGCUCAUGAGAAAGAGUUUGGAUCGGUUGAUGCUGAGAACAAGCCCAUCUGGAUGCAUGCAGAGGAAAGAGAGGAGAUGAGCAAGAGCAAACACAGAGACAACACCCCAUAUGGAGAGUACGGAGGCUGGUACAAGGCAUGCAAAGUCAACAGCCCUACAGUGAACACUACCCUGAGGAACCUCGGUGCUCUGUACCGCCGCCAGGGCAAACUAGAGGCAGCGGAGACACUGGAGGAGUGUGCUGUGAGGUCUCGCAAGCAGAGCAACACAGGCAUCGACCCCAUCCACCAAACGCGUGUGGUGGAGAUCCUGAAAGAUACAGACGGUGAGAGGCGGAGGAGCAGAGACAGCCUGACCAGCGUUAAGUACGAGAGCGGCUCUGAGACUGGCGAGGAAGUGAGUAUGGGCGUGGAGUGGAACGGGGACGGCAGUGGCGCUCUGCAGCGCAGCGGAUCUCUUGGGAAGCUCAGAGAUGUUUUGCGUCGCAGCAGCGAGAUGCUGGUGAAGAAACUGCAGGGCAACGGACCACCUGAACCUCGCAACACCAACAUGAAAAGAGCUGCUUCACUGAAUUACCUGAACAAAACAAGUGACGACUCUUUUCAGACUCGAGGAGGCGGAAACUUCAGGGAAAGCCGGGGCCUGAGCUCCAGCACUGUGGAUCUGUACACUGGGAAGUGAGCAGCUCAGGAGGUCGCAUCUCCACAUCAGAGUAAUUCUUUAUAAGGACUCGUCUCCUGAGACGCAACAAUGACUGGCGACACUACCACACAGAACCAGCUGCUUCAGAGUCUUUAUCCUCGCAGCCGGGCACUUAUGCACUCCCAACACCCCAAACCUUCACAGUUGGAGACUUCCCUGCAUAAAUGACACAUUGUGGUUUUAAAUGUUUCUGUCUCCUGCUGACCGACAGCCUUACCCCCCUUCAUCAUGGCCCUGAACUUCUCCUUUGCCUGAGUGCCUCAUUAAGGCGUUGGUAGUAGCUGCUGCACUUUGAAUUGAUUUGUUGCCAUAAAGUCACUCGUGCUGGUUUUAUUUUCCUCUUGUGUUGUUUGGAUCUCAGAUUUUUGUGACUUCCUCUCUUCCUGUGCCAUUUGAUUGUUUUAUCAGUGCAAGAAAAUAAACUUUGCAGACUUUGAGGUGUGAGAUGAGGUUGGAUGAAUGUGUUGUUUUCUUGCCUUUUGAGAUUUAAUUUCCAAUUAGGUUAAAGCUUUGGGGUACAGGGUGAAACAUUUAUCACAAUUUUAGGUCGUGUGAAAUUAUCUGCUGCUUUAACUUACUGUUUUGAUGUAAAAAUGUUGUUUUUUUUCCUGCUGCUGAACUUUAAAACUUUGAGGCAUUUUGGACUCAAAAAGCUGGAAAACAAUAUUUAAAAUUGUGUUUCAGAAUAAAAAAAACCCUAGGCUGCUUGAUUUAUCUCGACCUGGAAGUCUUAAUAAUAUUUGGUGCAGGGUUUAAGCCUCUCAGCACCACCUGCCACAUUUUGAGAGCAUGUUUGUAUAAAGUUAUUUAGUAAUCAGGAUGGGGAUGGUUUGUUUUUGCACGAUUCUCAGGUGGUGGUCUUUCUCACUGAUUGCAUUUUUAGUGAAGCAUCUCCUCAGAACUGGAUUGUCCUAAUACAGUUUUAUAUUUUAUAAGUCUUCCUUACUCUGAAAAGUUUGUAGGAAAAAAAAUGCAUUCAUCAAAUGAUAAGUCAACAUAAUCUUAAGAGGUGAUCCUGAUCUGUUUGUUGGGAUUAAACUGAAUGUUUUAGAUGGUUAGAGCAUCAGAUUGGGCCUGAUUCCUGAACAGUCCUGUGUGUAAUCAGUAGCCACUUUCUCUGAGGAUCCUUGAAUAAAAACUUUUUGAUUAAUAGUU